AUGUCGAAAUUCGAAGCGUGCAAGGUAUCACUAGUUAUACAACUCAAAGAAAUCGAGAAAUUAGAUGGAGAUAUCACGGAAUUAGUCGAUGAAGAAAAUAUUGAAAGGGAAAUAUUCGAACGCUGUGACUUUGAAGCAGUCGUGCAAGAAGUAAUUUGCCGGCUAAAUUCUUUUGUAGCUGAGAAAAGAGUCAUGAAACCUGUUGGAACGUCCGUACAACAAGGAAGUCAAAUCAAAACAAAUACGCAACGUGAAGUAAAUGUCCCGGAUGUUGAAACCACCAACCUGGGCAUGGUCAACCGGUAA